AUGGAGACUAUGAAGAGAGCAGAGAUAGACACAACGGCACCGUUUAAAACCGUCAAAGAAGCUGUUGCUUUGUUUGGUGAGAGAGUCUUAGCUAAUCAAGUCUAUUCCAACCAUCUCAAAGUGGCAAGUCCCAUUCUCUCCCUCUCUCUCUCUCUUUGUUUGACUUUCUAUUUUUAUUUAUUUCGAGAUUAUGGGAAGAAACAGAUGGAGGAUCCAGCAAAGAUUGAGAUGGAGCUUGAAGAGACAAAACACAAUCUCAAAAGAGCAAAGGAAGAAAGCAUGCAAGUGAUGAACUCUUUGUCUUGUCUCAAAGAAGAGCUUGAGAGGACAAGACAAGAGCUUCAGAAGCUGAGAGUAGUUCCUGAGGAGCCAGUAAAGACUAUGGAUGAUACUGUUUUCAAAACCAAGUUUGAAGUGUUGGUUCCACAAGUUGAUGAUGGAGGACCUAUUAGUAGUACUACUCAGAGGUUGAGGUCGAUGAGUGAGAAGAGAUACGUAAGAUUUGCAAACCCUACGAUGGGUAAUGAUGAUAAUGGUCCGGUGGUGGGGAUGUUUCUUGGGAGACACCCUUCUAUGAGAAAGAAGGAGAAGAUGACAAAGACAAAGAAGAAGAGUUUGAUCCCUUUGUUUAUUGGAGGGAUUUUCUCAAAGAAAAAGGUUUUGCAAUGA